GACCCUCCCUCAAAAUUGGUGGCGUCGCCAAUGGAUUGAGGAAUUCUACCCGGUGGUCUUCCUGGGAGACCCCAACCUGGAAGCCCAGCUGGCCCAGCACGGGCUCAAGGACAAGUCCCCCAUGAAGCGCCCGCCGGAUGCCCUCCUGCCCAGCCUGCUGCAGCGAGUUCGGGUCCACCUCCGCCCAUUCACCGGUCCAGCCAUCAUCUGGUCCUUCUACCUGACGGCAGCGGCCGUGGGCAUCCUGCGAGGACUGGGGGCCCGACUGCCGGCCGGAGGGCUGCCUCCCGGAGGCAAGCAGAAGGCGAGUCGGCUGGGCGACGCGGUGGCCGAUCCCGGUGGCGGCGGAGACCAGUUAGGCGGAGAGAAGAACGGGCAGCUGCGGAGGAAGGAGGAGAAGGCCCGGCCGGCCGGAGAGGCCCCCUCCAAUGGGCUGCGGCAUACGAAGAAGAAGAAAUAAGUUGGGGGGGCGCGGCUCCAGGAGACACCCCCCCC